AACGUUCCAUUGAUAAACAUUAACGAGAAAAACAAUUAAAAGUGAAGCGAAUCUCAUUUGAAUCCCGAGAAUAUGUGCAACUCCAGGGAGAUCUUCCUUCAGUAAGCCAGCAACCAAAAGUUAACCGCAGCCCCGCACACACACACCACCCAGGCGCAGCGCGAGACAAGACAGAGCCAAAGAUGUCGUCGGUUAAGGUGGCGGUGCGAGUGCGCCCCUUCAACUCGCGCGAAAUAGGCAGGGAGUCGAAAUGCAUCAUCGAGAUGACCGGGGCCACCACGGCCAUAACCAAUCCAAAGGUGCCGCCCAACACGAGUGAGGCGGUGAAGCGUUUCAACUUUGAUUACUCCUACUGGUCCCAUGAUCCACGCGACUCGGACUUUUCCACACAGACGAUGGUCUACAAGGACAUUGGCGAGGAGAUGCUGCAACAUUCCUUCGAUGGCUACAACGUGUGCAUCUUUGCCUAUGGCCAGACCGGUGCCGGCAAGUCCUACACCAUGAUGGGCAGGCAGGAGGAGCAGCAGGAGGGCAUCAUACCCAUGAUAUGCCAGGAUCUCUUCAGUCGCAUACACAAAACCGAAAACGAUGAGCUCAAGUAUUCGGUUGAAGUCUCCUACAUGGAGAUCUACUGCGAGCGGGUGCGGGAUCUGCUGAAUCCCAAGAACAAGGGCAACUUGCGGGUGCGCGAGCAUCCAUUGCUGGGUCCCUAUGUCGAGGAUCUGUCCAAGCUGGCAGUAACCGACUAUCAGGACAUACACGACCUCAUCGACGAGGGCAACAAGGCGCGGACUGUGGCCGCCACCAACAUGAACGAGACGAGCUCCCGCUCGCAUGCCGUCUUCACCAUCUUCUUUACACAGCGUCGCCACGACACAAUGACCGAUCUGACCACCGAGAAGGUCUCCAAGAUCAGUCUGGUGGAUCUGGCUGGCUCGGAGCGUGCCGACUCGACCGGUGCCAAGGGCACACGCUUGAAGGAGGGCGCCAACAUCAACAAGUCCCUGACCACGCUGGGCAAAGUCAUCUCCGCCCUGGCCGAAGUCUCUGCAUCGAAGAAGAAACACAACAAGAAGGCCGACUUUAUACCCUACCGCGACUCGGCUCUGACUUGGUUGCUGCGCGAGAAUCUCGGUGGCAACUCCAAGACGGCCAUGAUAGCGGCCAUUUCCCCAGCGGACAUCAACUACGACGAAACGCUGAGCACUCUGAGGUAUGCGGAUCGUGCCAAGCAAAUUGUGUGCAAGGCAGUGGUCAAUGAGGAUGCCAAUGCGAAGCUUAUACGCGAGCUCAAGGAGGAGAUACAGAAGCUGCGGGAUCUGCUCAAGGCCGAGGGCAUUGAGGUGCAGGAAGGACCCGAUGGCAAGGUGGUGUGCGAGAAGCGCGAUGCGAAUAAGGAUGAGCUGAACAAGUCCACGACGGGCAUCAAGUCGCCAUCAAAGUCGCGCAAUCGCAAUGGCUCCACCACGGAAAUGGCCGUGGAUCAGCUGCAGGCCAGCGAGAAGCUCAUUGCAGAACUCAAUGAAACCUGGGAGGAGAAGCUGAAGCGCACCGAGGAGAUUCGCCUGCAGCGUGAGGCUGUCUUUGCCGAAAUGGGUGUGGCUGUCAAGGAGGACGGCAUCACUGUGGGCGUGUUCUCGCCCAAGAAGACGCCGCAUCUGGUGAACCUCAACGAGGACCCGAAUCUGUCCGAGUGUCUGCUGUACUACAUCAAGGACGGGCUCACGCGGCUGGGCACCCACGAGGCGAAUGUGCCGCAGGACAUACAGCUGUCCGGCUCGCACAUCCUCAAGGAGCACUGCACCUUCGAGAACCGCAACAGCACCGUGACCCUGCUGCCCCACAAGGAUGCCAUUAUCUUUGUGAACGGACGCCAGCUGGUGGAGCCGGAGGUGCUGAAGACCGGCUCGCGUGUCAUUCUGGGCAAGAAUCACGUGUUCCGCUUCACCAAUCCGGAGCAGGCACGCGAACUGCGCGAGAAGAUCACCGAGAACGAGGCCGAGAACGAGGAGAAGGAGAAGGCCGACGCACCGGACUGGAACUUUGCCCAGUGCGAGCUGCUCGAGAAGCAGGGCAUCGACCUCAAGGCCGAGAUGAAGAAGCGUCUCGACAACCUCGAGGAGCAGUACAAGCGCGAGAAGCUGCAGGCCGACCAGCAGUUCGAGGAGCAGCGCAAGACCUACGAGGCGCGCAUCGAUGCACUGCAGAAGCAGGUCGAGGAGCAGUCCAUGACCAUGUCCAUGUACAGCAGCUACUCCCCGGAGGAUUUCCACCAAGAGGAGGAUGUCUACAACAAUCCCAUGUACGAGUCCUGCUGGACUGCACGCGAGGCUGGACUGGCCGCUUGGGCCUUCCGCAAGUGGCGCUAUCAUCAGUUCACCUCGCUGCGCGAUGAUCUCUGGGGCAAUGCCAUAUUCCUCAAGGAGGCCAAUGCCAUUUCCGUUGAACUAAAGAAGAAGGUGCAAUUCCAAUUCACUCUCUUGACCGACACUCUGUACUCUCCGCUGCCGCCCGAGCUGGCCUCGAGUGUCGCACCGCUGCAGCAGGAGGACGAGUUUGGCGCACCGCCCGUGUCCAAGACCCUGGUGGCCGUCGAAGUCACAGACACCAAGAACGGAGCCACUCACUACUGGUCGCUGGAGAAGCUUCGAUAUCGCCUCGAACUGAUGCGACAGAUAUACAAUGUCGAGAGCCCGCCAUCAUCCAUGCUAUUCGACACGUCCCGCAUCGAGGCCUAUAGCGGACCAACACAGCUGCUGCUGCCGCUGCCGCUGCCGCAAGUGGAGACACAGCCGGAGGCACAGUCACAGCUCCACGAGGUCGUGAGAAGUGUCAGGGAAAGAGCCUCGCGUCUGACAUUGGCCAAUCUGAUACCCUCUAGACAGCGCCUGGAGCUGAUGCGCGAGAUGUACCACAAUGAGGCAGAGAUGAGUCCCACCUCGCCGGACUACAACGUGGAGAGUCUCACCGGUGGGGACCCGUUCUACGAUCGCUUCCCCUGGUUCCGCAUGGUCGGACGCUCGUUCAUCUACCUGAGCAACCUGCUCUAUCCCGUGCCACUGGUGCACAAGGUGGCCAUUGUCAACGAGCGUGGGGAUGUGCGGGGCUACCUAAGGAUCGCCGUGCAGCCGGUGCUGGAUGAGGAGUCGAUCGACUUUAACAAUGGAGUGAAGCAGUCGGCCCGCUUGGUCUUCAACGAGGAUGAUGCCAAGCCCAAGUAUCGCGCUCUCAACGAGAAGGAUGACGUGCAGCGGUACAUCGACAAUGGUGGCCUCGACAGCAAGCUGGAGGCAGAGCUCGAGGAUGUUGACUCGGGACGCGGCAUUGACUCCAACUCUGCCUCGGAGUGCCCCGAGAAUGCCGAGGAGCCCGGCGAGCAUCUGCAGGUGGGCAAGGAGUUCACCUUCCGCGUGACGGUGCUGCAGGCCACUGGCAUUGGUGCCGAGUACGCAGACAUCUUCUGUCAGUUCAACUUCUUGCAUCGCCAUGAGGAGGCUUUCUCCACGGAGCCGGUCAAGAACUCGGCCUCGGGCGCACCUCUGGGCUUCUACCAUGUGCAGAAUAUAACUGUGCCCGUGACCAAGUCGUUCAUCGAGUACUUGAAGACGCAGCCGAUCAUGUUCAAGAUCUUUGGCCACUACCAGACGCAUCCGCUGCACAAGGAUGCCAAGCAGGAGUUUGUGUCGCGGCCCCCGCCCAGGCGCAUGCUGCCCCCGAGCAUACCCAUCAGUCAGCCAGUGCGCAGUCCCAAGUUCGGGCCACUGCCCUGUCCACCCUCAUCCACGGUCCUGGCCAAGCACGAUGUCCUGGUGUGGUUCGAGAUCUGCGAACUGGCACCCAACGGAGAGUACGUGCCAUCGGUGGUGGAACACAGCGACGAUCUUCCCUGCCGCGGGCUCUUCCUGCUGCAUCAGGGCAUCCAGCGACGCAUUCGCAUCACCAUUGUGCACGAGCCCACGCCCGAGGUGAAGUGGAAGGACAUCAAUGAGCUGGUGGUGGGACGCAUACGCAACACGCCCGAGUCCUCCGACGAACAGGAUGAGGAUGCGUGCGUCCUGUCGCUGGGUCUGUUCCCCGGCGAAGUGCUGGACGUGCCCGGCGACGAUCGCUCCUUCUAUCGCUUCGAGGCCGCCUGGGACUCGAGUCUGCACAACUCGGCGCUGCUCAAUCGCGUCUCGCAGGGCGGCGAGACCAUCUACAUCACACUCAGCGCCUACUUGGAGCUGGAGAACUGCGCUCGCCCGGCCAUCGUUACGAAGGAUCUGAGCAUGGUGAUCUAUGGACGCGACGCUCGCACCGGUCCCCGCUCGCUGAAGCAUCUGUUCUCGGGGCAGUACCGCAAUCCGGAGGCCAAUCGACUGUCCGGCGUGUACGAGCUGUCGCUGCGUAGAGCAUCUGAAGCAGGUAGUCCAGGUGUGCAGCGUCGGCAGCGUCGCGUGCUGGACACCAGCUCCACGUAUGUGCGUGGCGAGGAGAAUCUGCAUGGCUGGCGGCCACGCGGCGACUCGCUGAUCUUCGACCAUCAGUGGGAGCUGGAGAAGCUGACGCGCCUCGAGGAGGUGGGACGCAUGCGGCAUCUGCUGCUGUUGCGCGAGCGCCUGGGCAUGGACACCAACCCGAAUCCGACAACCAAAACGGAGAAGGAUGUCUGCAACCUGGCUGCCCGUGCGGCCACCUCCCCCGUGCACAUGGUCAUUCCACAAUCGCCGCAAACGCCGGUCAAGGAUCCGCAACAAAUCUUGCCAGAACGCGAGUACAACCAACGGGAGCAGGAUCUCAUGCUCAAGUGCUUGAAGCUGGUGCAAGCUGGACGCUUUGCCAAGAACGAGGCUAACGACACUCAAACCCAGUCGGAUGUCUCGCCCAGCGAUGAGGGCUGCGCCGACAUGACCGUCAGCUGCAUCUCCAGCAACUCCAUGGAAGACAACAAAUUUGUAAUUCGACGCAGGCUAUGCUCGCCGGAUCGCGCCGAUGCCCCGAAUGGCUGGGAGGCACCUGCCCCAGCCACUCAGCCGAUUCUGCCGCUGCGUCUGUACGUGCCGGAGCUGGAGGAGAUUCGCGUCAGCCCUGUGGUGGCCCGCAAGGGACUGCUGAAUGUCCUGGAACAUGGCGGUUCGGGCUGGAAGAAGCGCUGGGUGACUGUGCGUCGUCCUUAUGUGUUUAUCUAUCGCUCGGAGAAGGAUCCCGUGGAGCGGGCUGUCCUCAACCUGGCCACGGCUCAGGUGGAGUGCAGCGAGGAUCAGGCAGCCAUGGUCAAGAUACCCAACACUUUCAGUGUGGUGACCAAACAUCGUGGCUAUCUGCUGCAGACACUCGGCGACAAGGAGGUGCACGACUGGCUCUAUGCCAUCAAUCCUCUGCUGGCUGGUCAGAUCAAAUCCCGCCUGGCGCGACGCACCUUGGAGCCGGCCAGCCAGACGGCCUCCCAGAUCCAGGCCAGCAGCGCCGCGAAUGCAAACAGUGCGAACAAAUGAGAUACGAUCACGAUGGAGUCCGUUUUGGUUUACUGAGACGCAGGCUAUGGCUGGCUGCAGCGCUUGAGCCUGGCCAGCCGAUUGAUCGGUCGGCGGCGGCAGCAGCUGUCCACCGAUUAAAAGCUAAAAGGAUUCCAUCGGUAUAGCAGGAGAUUUCCACAUAGAGAUUGUAGAGCAAAAGCAAAAGCAAAAGCAAAGGCAACAAAAAAGAGCAAACCAAAUGCAAAGCGUACGUAAUUAUUAAGUAGAGUGAAAAGAGCAAACGGCAAACGGAUUAUCGUAUUUUGUAACUAGUUGGCAGCGCCAGCAGGCAGGCAGCGCCAGCAGGCAGUCAUAACCCAUCCAUCUGUUUGAGUUGUUUCGUGUUAUUCUGGAGGUAUUUGUGUACAUAGCCUUAGUUCGUGUUUCGAUUGUACAAAUAUUUGUCGUUUAGUUAAACAAUUAAUUUAUUUCGGUUUUCCACGUGAUAUUAUGUUGAUCGAUUAGAGUACAACAGCACAUACGAGUAUAUGAUUAUUUGCGAUUCAAUUAUGUGACGUUUGUGCAGUGCUUACAGUGCAUUUUAAUGGACAAACUAUAUCUAUAUAGCAUAUACACAUAACGAUAUACAUAUAUAUUUAAUGAAUUAUUGUAUAAAACCCCUAUAUAUUUGCUGUUUAUACACAAAUUUUCAAGCAUAAUAUUAUUGUAUCGCGAAACGUAAAGUCAGGGCAAUCAGCAGAAUGCCGCAGAUGAAUAUUAUACCAAAAAGAAAAUUGAUUUGUGUGUGUGUUGGCGAGGAGACCGUACAGUAUAUAGGAUGUAGGCGUGCAGCUCAGCUCAGAAUUGCGAAAUCUCGAUAAAAGCAAAACAUAACGACUACUUGUUAGAUCUACAAAUACACAGAUACAGAUAUAUAAAGAUAAAGAAUAUAUACAGCUAUUUUACACAGGAGUUAUGAAUGGCCCUGCUGCCCUGCUCUCUAUAUAAAUGUAUAUGUAAAAGUUGCCAUAUAACAUUAUCAAGUGUUGACAGCUUUAAGGCUUUUCCUUCCCCCCCCCACAGAACCACAAAGCUGUUUUGUCGCUUCUCUAUGCUCCCACUCGGAACCACCUGCAAAGCUUCAAGCAUCAAAUUACGAAACAAAACCAAUUGUAGUUUUGAUAAAAACAUAAUUUAAAACUAAAAUUACGAGUAGUACGCCACGCCACGCAACGGCCACGGCCACGGCCACCUGUACAUUUCCCCAAAUAAGAAACUCAAAACUCAAAACUGAAACCUUUGCUUUGCGCCACAAAUUUGUCACUUGCAUUCUCUGCAUUCCGUAUUCUGCUUUCGGUUAGAGCACGAGCUUAGGUCGGGUUAAUGGAUGAUAUUUAAUUAUGGCAGAGCAGACAAUAGGAGCUUCACUUGUGCACGGAUCACAAGUUGUGAGAGGCUCCCCAAGUUGUCGCUGGGAAGCGCUUUCCUCUGUAUCCUUGGGACACGGAGCGUUAAGCGUUUGUUUAAGCUGGAGAUUGGAUCAAGCAUUUGAUUGGCAGGAAUCGAAAUUGAAGGCCGCGUUUGAACUUGAGUUUUGUGUUUAUUGUAGCGAAAUGUAACAUUUGUUAAACUAUUGAAUUAAUUUCGAAUUGUAACAUAUUAGAGAAUUGUAAUUACAAUUAACCAUUGUACGAGCAUACACGACACGA